AUAUUGUGUGUUUGGUGGCUGAUGAAGCUCUGGCAAAAUUGUUGUCCACACCUUCAGUUUCCCUUAAACUUACCAAUGGACUGUGUUUUAUGAUCCUCUAUAUGCUGUGGUAAUUCCAUUUGCUUGUGCACCUUUCUUCCUUACACUUAACUUUCCACCACCAUGCGUGGAUACCGCAUUUUGUGCACUGUCCUCUUAAGAGAUAAUCUGUUGAGACUUACGCUCCCUGCGGAAGAUGUCCGUCUGCCGGACAAAUGUCAGGUCAGCAAUCUUCCCCGUGAAUAUAAAUUCAUAUUAAAAAUUAUGUUAACACGAUUGUUUCCAAUCAAUAUAUAUAAUCAGAUUUUUACUUUUUGAACAGAAUUAAGGGGAAAAACAUUUGAAACAAGCUAAAAAUUUAGAAGCACCUGUAAGCCUGUUAUGGACUUCACUGCUCCCUGUUUAUUUAUUAGUCUCAAUUUUAUUUCGUCCAGAGCGCUAAAACUGAACAUCAAAGAUGAAGCAGCAGAGCAAGAAGGAUGAAAACGAGCACAAAUGAGCCAUGUGAGGAGGGGAUCAGGCCGUAUUUGCAUAAAAAGGCAACUCGGGGUGAUUAUGAGCCAGUGCGCCGAGGAGUGAGGCGCAGUUGUGUCAGUGCUCUGCUGCAAAAUCCUGAAAUGAAUUCAGCAGAAGAGAGAGGGAGAAGGAACCCUGGUUAGAAAAAGGGGGAGUAUCCAAAGGUGAGGAACCGAGAGGGAGCGGAUAAAUAGAAGAGGAGAGGAGGAGCAGGAGGAGGAGAGAAGAGAAGCCGAUUGCUGCAGCUCAUACGCGCUAACGCAGGAGUUUAAUUUCCCUUCAAUGACAAUUUAAUUAGCGGUGCGCCAAGAUUACGCACUCUGCCGACGCAUCCAACUUUUUUCUUCUCCUGUCGCUUAACCGGGCCGAUCCUCGCUGGCAAACAGUGGAUCUUCGCUCAUCCCUCGGACCUCGGACUCGGAUCUCCUGCGCUUGAGAGCAGCAUCGGGUGUCUGAAUCUGUGAUGGGGGCAGCGGCUGAGGUUGGGAGCUUCGCCAACGGGUUUUUGGACAGCUUUGGUGUCGCGCCGGCUUCGGUUGGUUCGCAUUUUGUUCUCCCCCCGGCGGGGGCCGUGGACUACAACUCUGCAACGGGACUGGUGCUGGGAGGACAGGGGCUGCAGCAGCACCAGCAGGAGCACCUGGUGUCCGCGGAGAGACUCUCCCGGAGCCUUGCGGACCUCAGCCACCUGAAAGGGAUUCUGAGGCGGCGGCAGCUUUACUGCAGGACCGGCUUUCACCUGGAAAUCCACGCGGACGGUACCGUGCAGGGCACCAGGAAAGACCACAGCAGAUUCGGUAUUCUGGAGUUCAUCAGUCUUGCAGUUGGAUUGGUCAGCAUCAGAGGGGUGGAUAGUGGCCUUUACCUAGCCAUGAACAACAAGGGAGAGCUGUACGGAUCGGAGAAGCUGUCAGCAGAGUGUGUUUUCAGGGAGCAGUUUGAGGAAAACUGGUAUAACACUUACUCUUCAAACAUUUACCGGCAUGGGGAGAAAGGUGCUUUUUACUUCGUUGGGCUAAACAAAGAUGGGACGUCACGGAACGGAACAAGGUCCCGGAGGCAUCAGAGGUUCACACACUUCCUGCCGAGGCCUGUAGAUCCAGAGAGAGUCCCAGACCUGUACAGAGACAUACUGGGCCAGAGCUGAGGACGAAAGCUGAUUUUGCCCCGACGCAACCAAAACUGGUUGGAGGCAACAGGCCAAUUAAGUGUGCCGAAUGUCAUCCCCUUCCUUUACGGAGUAUAGAGUAUCUUGCUGAUCUGGACGGAACAAGAGUGAAGAAAGCACCAAAUCCAGUCCAUGCUGCUGGGAUAAAGCAAGAAGGAAAAAGUCUGAGAUAGGUCUUGGAAAUGAGGAGUAGAAAACAAGCACACUCUUUCAAGGGAACAUGGAUGAUGUUCCUCAAAUGUUUCUCUGUGGCAUAUGGAAAGAAACUCCAAAUGGAUAUUUUUUUUUUCUUUUAUUAGUUGUUGUUUUACAAAAUACAAAUAAAGCCUGUUCAGAUUGCAUGCUCAGAUGGACAGAACUGGAUCUGAUAGUUGAGAUGAAUCAUCUGCUGCUGGUAGGCUUUCGUAGCCAUGUCUGCUGGGACUUCACUGCUCCCCUUCAGUAGAUCAGUAGACAUUUUAUUUAAAAAAACAAAACAAACAAAACAUUAAUGAGGCUGCUACAGCUGGUUUGCAUUAAAUAAAAUUGUACUUUUAUGCACUGGAAAGCAGCCAUGCUUGUUCUGGAAAUCAGCUGCUGCUCAGAAACGACAACUCUUCUGCAAAGUUCAAGAAGACGACGGAAUGAAAGGCGGGUCCAAUCAGGUUUCAUUCGGACAUCGACAAAACUCUUUUUGGUUGAAGCAUGAGGGACUCGUUCAGUGAAGGAAUUUUAUAUGUUCUACAACCCGACUAUCUACAGUCAGACAGUGAGAAUCGGACUGACAAAAGACAAAGACAAACAUUUUGAUGGAUUUUAUUAUUUAUAUUUUUUUUCUUA